AGGGCCCGCAGUCAUCCACGGCCCCUCGCCGCGCUCGGUCGCUCGCCUGCACCACCGUUCAACUCUCCGCUCUCGCGCUCCCGCGUGUGUGUGUGCGUGUGUGUGUGUGUCCGUCCGCCGCCACCAUGCACGCCAUGAGUGAUCCCACGGCCUUGGCCGGCAUGCUGCCCUUCGACUCCAUCGGCCUGUACGAGCAGCCCAAGCCGCGCUUUAUCUUCAAGAUGCCGCGAGUGGUGCCCGACCAGAAGGCCAAGUUCGAGUCGGACGAGCUUUUCCGACGUCUCAGUAGAGAGAGCGAGAUUCGUUACACCGGCUACCGCGACCGACCGCAGGAGGAGCGCCAAGUGCGGUUCCAAAAUGGCUGUCGCGAAGGACACACUGAGAUUGCGUUCGUGGCCACCGGCACCAACAUGCAACUGGUGUUCAAUCCGAGCGCCAACGGCUACAGCAUGGCGGACCCCACACGUGAAUGCGACUUCGACAAAGAGCACGGGAAGGUGCACAUCCGGUCGCACUUCAUCAUGAACGGAGUGUGCGUGCGGUGGCGCGGCUGGGUGGACCUGGAGCGCCUGGACGGCGUCGGCUGCCUCGAGUACGACGAGGACAAGGCGCAGAUGGAGGACUCCCUGCUGCGCGAGCAAAUCGAGCGCUACAACCAGCGCCUGCGCGACUUCGAGGAGAAGCAGCGCGCCUACCGCCAGCACCAGGAGCGCCCCGGGGACCCGGACCUCGAGUACAAAGAUGUAUUCCAUGCAUUUACGACUGAUUUUAGUCCAAAGAAAUGCAUGAAAGAGUAUAGCAAAUCUUGUUAA